ACUCACCCGUCUUAUUAGUAAAAAUAAGCCUAACAGAUCUACGACGUGCACGAUGAGCUCAAGCCCACAUAGUCGUUCGUUGGCUAUCACAUGUGUUGGGGCUAUUACAAUUGCCCUUGGUUCCAUGUACUAUGCAGGGAAGAACUCGAAGCGAAAUGAAGGGCCAGAUUCGGUGUACAGGAGUACGGAGGAUACACCUUCGAAUGUACAGGGGGGUAAAAGUGAUGCGCACUACAAGUCCUCAGAGGUGCGGGGCGUCAUGCAUGAUUUUCCUGGAAAGCGAUAGGUUAGGGUGACCUGAAAGGAAGUAGAUCAAUAUGUUUAUUCCCAGGGGUAGAAUUUCAUUACACUGUAAUAUUAUUGAGUGUCACAGAGUUGUACAACGACAGUAUUCGACGUGGUGGUUGUAGAGAUUUUCCUGCAAACGUCAUG